UAAUGAUAACCAGAAAUCUAUAGCUGGGCGAUAAGAAGCUAAAUUCGAAGAAAGCAUGUCUGACGUAUAAAUCUAAGGAAAGUGAAAAAUAUGGAACGGUUGGGAAUACAUUCAAAGCUUUAGAUGGAGAGAGCUGGAGACUGUCAAUAGAGUUUUGAAAAAAUAGGUGGACAUUAUUGGGCGGAACUCCGUUGAGAUUUUUUCUGACAAUCAGGAUGUAAAACAUACAUGUAGAGUAAUGCAAAAAUGUUACAGGAUAUUGCAACAUGUAUGUCUUUGCAUGGAUUUUGCAAGGGAAAUAUAGAUUUUGGCUUCACAUACAUAUCUUGCAUUGAAAAUAAAAAGCUGACAGUUUUAGCAAAAUAAGUUGUUGUAACGAUUUGCCAAUUAAACAAAAUCUUUUUCCCUAUUAAUUUGAUGAACGUGGGGGUUCAAAUACAAUACAAAAUGUUUGGUAUGACCAAUGUUAAUUCAAAAUGAAGGGACUUUUCAGUAUUUGCAGCGGCAAAGGACAUAAUGGAAAUUUUGGAAAGCAUGGUGUUAUUUAACAUGCUAUUCGUACAUAUAGAAUUUUGAUUAUGUUAUUUUUUUUUGGAUUAAAAGACAAAAUAAGAAAAUUGGCGCAUGAUAACAUGUUCAAUCUGGCAGUUAUUUUGACGCUAUACAUCCACAGCUAGGUAUUCUAAAAUUCUAAUAACAGUGACAAUGCUAAGAAGGUAUAUUUCAAUGCUUUCACAAGAUGGGAAAAGUUCAUCAAGUUAUAAGGACAUAGUGCUCUGCCGGAAUCUUCUUUUCACCUGGCGUUAUAAUUAACCCAUUUAUCAGAUAAUGGUGUUUCUAUUCACCCUGUACGUGUCACGGUGUACGCUAUCAAAUGAGUGCAUAACACUGUAGGUUUACCAGAUUCAACCAAAAACUCGUAUGUAGCUUCGAUAUUUGAGGCUGAAAAGAGAAAAGCAUAUCGGCCCGUACAGAAAAAGAAGCCUAUCACCAAGGACGUAAUCGUUGCUCUGUGUGAUAAGCACUGACUUAUCAACUGUUAGCAAUUUUACAAUGAUUUCUUUUUUUUUUUAGUUUUGCUGGAUUCUUGAGAUUUGACGUAAUUAUUUCUUUGACAUUUAAUGAUGAUCAGUUGUAUCAAGAUUAUUUAGUGUUAUGUACGUAUUCGUACAAUAGAUAGACAGGGGAAUGAGGUGCCUUUAUCCAGCGCAUCAACAUCCGCGCAUGUCCAGUUAACAUGUAUUUACGAUAAUUAUCUCUUUUGGUUGAUGUCGCGUACAAACAGUUUUUUUCUUAUUCAAACCAAUUUUUGGGUCAAAAGAUGAGUGUAAACUAAUUUACAAAAACAAAAGGCUUAGCUAUACAGCUGCUAAAAGCAAUAAUUAUAUGGACUCUUUUAAAAUCAAUUGUUGGUGAUAGCAUUGGCUAUCUAGUUCUCUUCUCCAUAUAUAUAUUUCCACUAUAAAACACAUACCACCUAUUGUACAUAAUUUAUACACAUAGUUAACCUUAGGUCAAAAUAAUUUCAUUGAAUACUAACUGUGCUUGCCAUUUCUAGAAAAGAUGACCAAAGGAGAAAGUAUUUAUAACAGUGACCCAUCAUUGUCCUUUGUUCGAACUAACACACAUAUAGCUAAUGUAUAGAUUUACAACUCAAAAAUAUUUCUCCUAUAUGCCAUGCACACACAUGUGCAACAACAUUGAAAAUUGUUUCUGAUAGUAUCAAUAUUUAUUAAACGUAUGCAUCAGGUCCUCUUCUGUGUACUUAUAAUAAAUUUACCUAACGCGGUAACAAGUUGCUCAUGACUGCGCAUGCGUUAACUUAGGAAGACACGAAAAAUUUGGAGGCGAUUCUUUUUCAAAAUAUACGCAAAGUUCGAUCGAAAAUCAACGUUUGAGCAUUGCAUUAUGAUUGGAGAGUGUUUUUGCAUCCCGAAUGAGUCCAAAAAAAGGUAAACAAUUCGCGAAAAGGAAACCUAAGAGCCAAAAUUGAAGUGGUGAGAGUGAGAAGAAGAUUCAGAUUACAAGUACUCAGCAGGAAAAUACAGCCGAGGGACACUAGCGUCAUGAAUGGGAACACUAACCCACAAUACAACCUACAGAACCCUGGACUAGCUAUUGUUCACCAAUCGACACCCGUUCCAGCGAUGAACAUCGCUCAGAUGACUCCUAUGCCUUUGCCUAUAGGUAACUAACGAUAUUAUCACGACCAAGAGAACUUGUCACCUAUCAGAAAUUACCCGCCAAAUCAGGAAUUAUCUGGCAAAAUCGACAACCUCACCUCCAAGCUCGACAACAUAAACGAAAAACUUAACAAACUUGACAUAAUCGAGCGACGGCUAAAGACAUUAGAGGAAAGCGUAAAACUGUCAAAAGAUGAUAUCAAACACAUGAAAUCAAGGUUUUCUGGAAUCGAAGAAAGUCUCACGUUCAUAAACGAAAAAUUUGAAGAAAACAAAACAGAACUUAAGGAACUCAAGGACUCGGUGAAACAGAUUGAUAGUGCUACCAAAUCCCUUAGCAGUAAGGAACAAGAUCUCCAAGACCAGCUUGUUAACCUUAUCUGUGAUCACAACGAUUUGAAGGAGAGGCAUCGUGAUCUUCAGUGGAGGAACAUGAGGGAUAAUUUCAUCAUUAACGGCAUCCCGGAAGUUCCCGAGGAAAACACCGAAAACGUAGUGAUAGAAUUCCUUAGUCGACAAAUGAAAAUAGUUCUAGACCCUUCCAAAUUCCAUCGCGUACACAGAUUUGGGCGCACUGGUACCGGAAGGCCGAGACCCAUAGUGGCCAAAUUUGUAUUCUACAAAGACAAGGAGGGAAUACAAAAAUCCCAAAAGAAGCUUAAAGACACGCCCUAUGGAAUCAGUGAUAUGUACCCUCGUGAAAUCAACCAAAGACGCAAAGAGUUAUACCCACAUUACAAGCAGGCCAGGCAACAAGGGAUGAAAGUUGUGAUGAAUGGUGACAAACUUUAUAUCAACAAUAAGUUAUUUGACCCACGUGAGCACGUAAACAACAACCACAUGGACACUGACCACACAACCGGAAGGAAUCAUGGAGUCUCCAAUAGAGGCAGAAGAAUGAACUCUCAACGCUUGGACAGUCGCGGAGGAUCAACUCUGACAAUCCUGAUGUAACCUCUGACUGUGCAAGUUAUUCGCCCUCUCUUACAAGUACUGGUAAUUAUUUGAAUAUUUUAUGCCUUAAUGUAUAUAAUAAUUCUCUGGCCAGAAUUUCUAGACUUCAUAGAAAAAUACGAAAUUAUCUGUUUAGUUGAAUAAAAAACUGAUGGUUCAGAUAUUUUAGACAUUCCAAAUUUUGAUUGUUACACAAAGCAUAGACACGAGUUUUCACGCUUUAAAUCCGGCGGGAUUGUGGUAUAUUGUCAAAAAUCUUUAAGCUCUAUAAAAUAUAUCAAAAUUUUAGAUUCAAAUUUACCUUAUGUAUUUUGGUUAUCUCUUUCAUUUGAUUACUCAAACAAUAGAAAUGUCAGAAAACUCUUACUUGGUGUAACAUAUAUUUCAUCAGAAAACUCUAAAUAUGUUUCACCUACUGUGUUUGAUGAAAUUGAAUUGGAUAUUAACCGAUUCUCCAAUGAUCAUGAUCUAGUAGCACUUAUUGGUGACUUUAAUAAUCAAACAUCAGAUAAAUGUGAUAUGUUGGAGGAUGAUUUAGAGGAUAUAUUAUGUUGUUCUGGAAAUGACUUGACAAUAAACGAUUUUUCAAAUGUAAAUAUGUACAGAUUGUCAAUGGACAAGGACACAAAUAAUUUUGGUAAGAAACUACUUGAUUUAUGUAAACAUAUGGAUUUAUACAUUAUGAAUGGUCGAGUAGGAAGUGACCGUCUCGUAGGACAUACUACUUGUAAAAACACAAGUGUAGUAGAUUAUUGUAUUGAGAAUUUAAUUUUUUUUUCAGUUGUAGAUAAUUUUUCUGUUCAACCCCUUUCAUCAAUUUUAUCCGAUGUUCAUAACCCUAUACACCUCCCAUUGUGCUUCUAAAAAAGCAAUUAAUCAACUUCUCUUGAGCUGUUCCCGCUCAAUAAGGACUACCAGCUACAUAAAAUGAAAUGCUGACAUGAGUAAUAAAUCACCACUUUUGAAGCCGUUUCACCUAGUGCUGUGCUAAAUCCCCAAGUAGGCUUUAAUGUCUUGACCAAAAACAACUAUGAAAAUUUAAUUGUUUUACGACUGUGCGAUAAAACUGAUCAUGGUAAUCCUACAAUAAUCUGAGCAGAUUGGGAGUACAAAGAUGUGCAGAAAGAACAGAAUUUUAGUAAUCAACUAAUACCGUAACAAAGACGUGACAGAAAUGUCCCUAACGACUAUCCUUCACAGACGUAAAAGUUUAAACUAAAACGAAACCCCCCAACGUGCACAAAAUGGCAAGUACAUGAUUGCCUGAAACACGUACUUGGGUCUCGCCUAAAGUACUGUAAAAACUUAACAAAUUUUAGUAUUCAACUAAUACUGUAAGAAAUAAAUUGGCAGACAUUUUCCCAGUCGAUUAGCCAACACAAAAAGAGAUAAACCUGGAACGCAUAAUGUCAUUGUACAUUCCUAGAUAAAUCACGCAAAAUUAAUGGAAAAACCGGCAAGGUAAAAGCUGAAACUAAAAUGAAACACCCAAACAGGUAUACAAAUGCCAAGUACACCGACUACCUGAAACACAUACUUAGGUCUUGCCUAAAGCACUAUAAGAACUCACAGAAUUUUAGUAAUCAACUAAUACCGUAACAAGUAAAUUGGCAGACAUUUCCCUAACGAUUGUUCUUCACAUAAAGGAUAAAUCUGGAACGUAUUGAUAUACUUUCCUAGAUAAAUCAAUUAGAAUCGAUGGAAAAAUCGCAAGGGUAAAAGUUGACACUAAAACGAAAAACCCAUGCGGGUACAAAUGGCAAGUACGUGACUGCCUGACACUUGUACUUAGGCGUCGCCUAAAGUACAGUGAAAACAGGUCUUGCCUAAAGCAUUAUAAGAACUCACAGAAUAUCAACUAAUACCGUAGAAAAUAAAUUGACAGACAUUUUCCAGUCGAUUAACCUUCACAGCAAGAGAUAAACCUGGAAUGCAAAAUUGUUCAUUCCAAGAUAAAUCACAAAAACCGAUGGAAAAAUCGCCAGGGUAAAAGUUGAAACUAAAAUGAAAAUAUCCGAAAGGGUAUAUACAAAUGGCAAGUACACCGACUGCCCGAAACAAGUACUAAGGUCAUGCCUAUAGUACUGUAAAAAUCACAAAAUGUCAGUAAUUACAAACAUACUUAACAAAUUUACUAGUUUUACAGAUUGGACCAGAACCGCAAAUUAGCAUAUACAUGUAAAGGUGUUACCAACAAUACCUGAAUGAUCUAUGCAACAAAUGAAUAAACUGACAAUCUUUUUUCAUUUUCUAGAAAAUCUAUUUUCUCUCUGAAAUUAACGCUCAUCUUACACUCCGAUAUAAGUGUACAGUCCCUUGUUUAUUCAAGUGAACUCCGUCGAAACGAAUUUCCGACUACAAUCUCCUUUAACUACAUUGUUGAUUUUAUGAAUAAAGUAUUACUUACUGAUAUCGUAAAUGACAGUCUUUAACAACAAAAAUCCUUCCUUAACAAUUAAAUCAAUAUUAAUCUAUCAUAUAUUUUAAAUUACCCGCCGCUAAGAGAGCGGCCAUUGAAGUUUAAUUUAUGACGUCACACCGUCAGUUCAUGUUUAUUUCAUUAACAGCACUGUAAACAUGACAAGUCACGAACAGUUAAGUUUGGAGCCGUAUAAAUUUGAGCCCGUUCUUUCGCAAGAAGACAUUCAGUGGAAUCGCAAACCAGGUAGACGGUACACAUUUCUUCAUACAAAUGUCUAAAACAUCAACUUGUCAUUACGCAAAUGAUGUAUCCACAGUAUACAUAGUAUUUUAUUUUCAGAUGACUUGGUUGGGUCAGGGUUUGAAAAACAACAACACUUUUUUCACAUCCCCCCUUCGCACUAGUGUAAUUAACUGCUUGACAAGAAGACAUCAACCUAUUUACAAUGUAUUCGUAAAAUCUACCACAUGCACAUCUUUGAUGACCUUAGAAUCUCAUCUAAACCGGAAUAGACGGUGUGGCGUCUAACUUAUUGAUUUUUGUAGUCUUGAAUACAAAAGCGUUCCACAUCAUGGCAGCCUCUAUAGUUUUCAAAUUAGUACUGAACUUACCUAGACCGUAUAUCAACAGAAUAGUAUGGCAAAUCUUUAUCAUAUAAUUCAUCCUAUCAUUUAUCCUGUAAAUUGUUUUUGGGUUGCCUUUCCCUUUAAGCAUUCUAGACAUCAAAAAUGGAAAAUUUAGCUCAAAUCGUGUCCAUGUUCCUUUAAUAUUUAUCCCUUGAAGAUGCACUGCAAUCACUUUCUUUCCAAUCUUACACCAUAUAAAUCUAGCUUUAUUUCUUUUUAUCUGAUCUUUCUUUCUCUCUUAAAAAUAGAGCUACAAUGAAAUGUGAAACAUUGAACAAAUUAUCAAUCUGUACUGACUGAUAAUAUACUUUGAUAUGCAUUUGUUCCACGCACAAGUACUCUGAAGUUGAAAUUAAAGAUAUGCAUUGAUUCCACUUUUGGUAAUCCUGCUUAUACCCCAACUGCUCUUUUAAAAGAUGAAAUUCUUCAAAACUAUGUUUUAGUUUUAGACACAAUUAUUAUCCAGUCAAUGGGUCGGAUGCAUAUGAGUUACCGUGCCAAUUCUGGAUUCCUAAAUCUCUUAAAAACCCUUUCAAACAAUGAUAUAUUGCUGGGUACAGUAAAUGUUUUACAGACCCUGAAACGUGCUACUACACAUUAAAAACGAACCGAACCGUUCCGUGCAAGAAACGAACCGUCCCGUUCAAGAAACGAACCGUAUCGUUCAAAAAGCGUACCGUACCGUGCAGAAAGCGUGCAAUUUAUGUCACGUGAUCCACUUUUUCAGCCACAGUAUAUUAUUUUCACAAUGGCGCCCGAUGGGAAAGGAGGUCGUAGACUAUCGCUGGCUAUUCGAAGCAUUAUCCUCAAACAUCACGAAGCUGAUUUUCAGUGAUCAAAAAUAAAGUCAGGGAAAUGAAAAUCGGACUUCGCGUGAUAAAGGAUAGGAAUAUAUAUGUAUUAUCAUCAUUUUAUUUGAUUCAAAGACAAAUGCAACAGAUAUCUAACAUUAUUAAUUAUGAAUGACUGAAUGCUGACAAAAAAGGACGUACAAACUUCACGUGCAGAUAUCCUGGAUCUUUCAUAAUGCCGAUGAUAAAUCACAAUAAAUGUGAAGUGCAGAAAAUAAUCAUUGUGUCAUUUGCGACUUUAGUGUAUUCAAAACAAAAUUCACUUCUUCUUAAAAACUUUUCCAAUUUAGGCACUGUAAUUUAUAUCCGGAAACUUAAUACGCUUUGUUUUUACACUUACGCACGCCCAUGUCGGGGAGCAGUUCAUGUAACAACUUUUUAUAAAAUCGUAAAUUAAUAAAUGUCUGAUGAGAAAUGAAAAACAAAUUGAAACGUAAUAACAACCAUUAAGACUUAGACUUAAG